AUGGUUUUCACAUUCACCGAGCGGCAACUAUAUUUUCAAAUUGUUGAAGGUGUGCCAGCAGGGACAUUAAUCGGUAAAAUUCAUCCCGAAGCUGGUGUGCGAUAUCGAAUUAAUGGCCGUUCGAACUAUAUCUCUUUCGAUAGUGACACAGGUGAACUCCGGUCAUCGGUCGUCCUUGAUCGUGAACUAGUAGCACCAAAUAAUUCAUUAGACAUUGUUCUUGUUACACAGCCAGCUUCUAUCAUAAAUAUACAUGUACAAAUAUUAGAUAUCAACGAUAACGACCCGAUCUUCCCAUUGCCUUUUUUGAAUAUUUCAAUUAUUGAAUCAGCAGCAAUCGGCAGUCGUUAUACUUUACAAUCAGCCACUGAUUUGGAUUUCGGUGAAAAUGGUACAAUUGUCGAAUAUAAAAUUGAGAAUUCACAAUCAUUUUUCAAAUUAAUUCAUUUAAAAAUUCCAAACAACAAUGAUUUAUUAUUCAUUGAACUACUAAAAGAAUUAGAUCGAGAAACAAAGGAUUUCCAUGUGCUUAAUAUUUCAGCAACAGAUGGCGGACAACCACCUCGUUUUGGAUACACAACAAUUUUUAUAAAUGUACUAGAUGCGAACGAUAAUGCUCCAGUUUUCGAUAGAUCUCAUUAUGAUGUCGUCCUUAAGCAUUUAGAUAAUCCCAGCGAUCCGAUUCUUUCAGUUUCUGCAAUAGAUUAUGAUACGGGCGAUAAUGCACGCAUCACAUAUCGCAUUUCCAAUGAUCAGCAUAAGCAAUUUCGUAUUGAUCAGAAUAAUGGGACAGUUUUCCUUCAAAAAUCGAACCUCAACUGUUCAAGAACUGGUUGUCAAGAAAAUUGUUCGAGAAUGUGUGUUAUAGCUAUUGAAGCAGAAGAUCAUGGUUCGCCAAAAUUGUCGAAUCGAGCUUUUGUCAACAUUUUGCUAAAUGAAACAAACGAUCAUGAUCCUGUGAUUCGGUUUAGGAUGUAUCCACCAAAUUUGGACUUCGCAGCUAUAAAUGAGAUGGCUGCAAUUGGUACGACGAUCGCAAUAGUUACAGUCACCGAUGAUGAUUUCGAUCAAGAAUCUCGCGUUGAAAUUAUCGAUGGCAAUGAGGAUGGAUAUUUCAAAUUAGAAAGGGGCAAAAACUUUGCUAUUCUACGCUUGAAUCGUGCGUUAAAUAAACAAAUUGAUCAAUUUAAAAUUCGAUUCAAAGCUACAGAUAAUGGUGUUCCAUGUCGAUCGUCAGUUAGAGAUCUUGAGGUUUAUAUUUUACGAGAUAACGAUCAAGCACCAAAAUUAAUGGAGGAUAUUAUCGAAGCAAGUAUUCCUGAAGACGCUAUAUUUGGGUCAUUUGUAACCGUUGUUCGAAUCAAUGAAUCGCCAGAUAGAAGAGGGUUCUUAUUCACAAUCAAAGAAGACGAAGGCGUUGAUGGUCUAUUCAAAAUUGGUCGAUCAUCAGGUAUUGUUACGGUGGCAAAACAACUUGACAAUCUAAAAAACAUUUCAAAAAUAACAUUGACUGCAAUCGUACGAAAUGCGAGGCCUAAUUUAAAAACAGCGAGCUGUACGAUAAAUAUUAAAAUAAUCGAUGUGAAUAACCAUUGGCCAACAUUUGAACAGCAGAUAUAUACUAUAACGGUGCUUGAAAACACUCCUUUGCUUAGCGUCAUCGGUACCAUCAAGGCUAUCGACUUGGAUAGAGGGAAUAAUGGGUUAAUAUCGUAUUCGAUGGCGAAGAAUGGCGCUACCAAAGAGGUGUCAGUGAAAGAGAAAACCGGUGAGCUGGUUCUACGUCGUGUGCUCGAUCGUGAACAACAAUCUCAAUAUACCAUUCGUGCUAAAGCUUGUGAUCAUGGAAAUCCAGUGAAAUGCAGUACGACUGAUAUCGUUAUAAAAGUCUUAGAUAUCAAUGAUAAUGCGCCGAAAUUUACAUUGUCCGAAUAUUACGGUACCAUUGGAAGAACUGAUCUUCCGGGUACAAAAAUUUGUCGAGUCCAAGCGAUUGAUUAUGAUGAUGGAAAAUAUGGUGAUGUCUACUAUUUGCUAUACGAUUCACCAGCUGGCUUAAUUGACAUAGACAAUUCGGGCUCUUUAUAUUUAACCUCGUAUGUCGACAAAUAUGCGAAGCUAGAAGAAUUUCGAAUAACAGUCGGUGCUAAGGAUGGCGGUGAUUUAUUAUCCUCAAAUAAUGCUUCCAUAUUUAUUCGUAUUACUAGUGAAUCUCAUGAAUCUCAUACGUUUCCUUCAAUUUUCGGUGAAAAUCAAAAUUUGAAGGUCAAAGAGAAUUCGCCGCCUGGCAUUAUUCUCAAAAAAUUUUCUUUUCAUACAAAAAAUAAUGAUGUUCGAUAUCAUAUCGCUGAUUCCACAUUCUUGCAAAUUGACCAAUAUUCGGGUGAAUUACGAACUAAACAGUCGAUUGAUCGCGAAAAAUUAUAUAACAACAUAUCCUUUACCGUAUUCGCUUCGAUAAAAAAUUUUACGGCAACAUACUCCGGCCAUUUAAUUGUUUUGGAUGAGAAUGAUAAUGCACCCCAAUUUGAAAUCGACAGCACCACAAAGCUAGUUAUAAGGUCAGAUACAAUCGUUGGCAGUGAAAUUCAUCGAUUCUUUGCAAAGGAUGCCGAUGAAGGAGAAAAUGGUCGUAUCGAAUAUUCCGUCGAUUCCGAUUUUUUUAAUAUAGAUGCACAGACGGGUGUUCUCAGUCUUAGGAAAUUCGUCGAGAAUUUAGAUCAAAUUCAGUUUAAAGUUGUGGCUCGGGAUCAUGGCAUCCCACCAUUAAAUGCAUCAAGUAAAGUCACAGCUGUUAUUGGAAAAAAUGAAAAUGUUUAUAGUUUCCCACCAAAGAUGGUUUUUAAAGUAUCUGAAGAUGCUUCAGCGGGAACAAUUAUUGCAAAUUUGAUGCCCAUAGAUUUUGUUCAAAGCUGCAUUCACGAAUUCCGACCAAUGGUAGAAAAAACAUUAAAUUCUUCUGUAUGGAUUCUCUCUUCUGGCCAAAUAUAUUUGGAAGAUAACGUCGAUCGCGAAAUUCAAGAUAAAUUCAUAAUUCCAGUAGAUAUUUUGACCAGAAAACACGGAAUCGAAUCGAAGCGAAAAACAAUUAUCAUUGUUUAUAUCGACGAUAUCAAUGAUAACCUUCCGCAAUGCCCCAAUGACACUAAGUUUCAUAUCAAAGAAAAUCAACCCCCGCUGAGUGUCAUCGGUGCAAUGAAUGCAAUCGACUAUGACGAAGGAAUCAACGGGACACUUUUUUACAGACUCAAAGAAAAAAGCGAAUAUUUCUUUAUUGAAUCAAUUACAGGAAUUAUCAAAUCUCUAGUUGCAUUCGAUUUUGAAUCGAAAAGCCUUUACUUUUUAACUAUUGAAAUUAUUGAUGGUGGUCAUCUAAAAGCUGAGUGCCUAGUUGAAAUUCGAAUUGAUGACGUAAAUGAUAAUUAUCCGGAAACAAAGACAGAAUUUUAUCAUUUCCAAGCCGACUUUGGAAAUUAUCAAAUUGGCCAAGUUAUUGCCACUGAUAAAGAUCACGGUCAAAAUGGAAUCAUACGCUACCAUUUAUCAAAUAUUGGUUUACCAUUAAAGUUAUUAAUUGAUUCGUUGUUUCAGAUUGAUGAAAUCAGUGGUGAAAUAAGCCAUAAUGGAAAUCUUAAAGCUGGGGAGGUUUAUAACCUAACCGUGAUAGCAAGUGACCAAGGCAUACCUUCAUUAGCCACCACAAUAUUAGUUUUUGUUCAUGUUCCUGAAAGGCUUGAUUGUAUACCGGAGUUUAAGAAAUUUCCAAAAACUCCUAUUAUAAUCCCGGAAAAUCAAGCAAUUGGCUCGAUGGUGGCAGAAAUACAAGCAAUCGCUUGCAGACAACAUGUCAAAUAUUUUAUUGCUGAGGGCAAUCACCAGAAUAUAUUUGAAAUCGAUCCUUACGAUGGCAUUCUUAUAUUAACCGGUUUUUUGUCCUUCGGAAACUCUAGUUUAUAUCACUUAGAAGUUGUAGCUGCAACAUCGAUCUCAAAUUCGUCUUUUUUUCUUGAUAUAAUUAUAUCAGAUCCAAUUAUUGAUUAUCCUGUAAUUGAGACAAAUUUGAUUCACAUCCAGGAAAACAAUGAAGCCGGUAAGGUUUGUGGAAAAGUCCUUGUCACUGGUUUAGUGGAUAAAAAUCUUAUCAUUAUGGAAAUUAUUCAACAGAUCCCACAUGGUCAAAUUUUCCGGCUAGAAGAUGAAAAUUUGAUUUGUGAAGAUAUCCUUGAUCGUGAAACUGCAAAUGAAUAUCAACUUUUUGUACGUGCUGCAAAUAAACGGAAACGUGACCGAAAGAUGGAAAAGUCGAUAAAAAUUAUAAUUGGUGACGAAAAUGAUAAUCCUCCAUUUUGCAAAGGCGUCGAUAAUUUUCUUAUAAGUGAUAAAGCAUAUAACAUAGAAUGGAAUUGUUUCGAUGUUGAUGAAGGAUUGAAUUCAUCGGUUGGAUAUUAUAUACCGGAAGAAAAUGCCCCGUUUAUUUCAGAAUAUUCCAGUAAACUCAUUCGAAUCCAACCUUUCGAUGGAAAACCUCGGCAUUUUUCAGCAAUUAUUUUUGACCGUUCAACAAAGCACAAUAAUUUGAGCACCAUGGACCACCUUCGACGGAGCAUCGAGCGACGGUUCACAAUAAUUCCUCACAGACCAUCAAGCAAAAUUCGAUUUGCACAGUCGAAAGAUUUUUUCGAAAUAGACUCUGAAACGCCAUUGGGUUCUAUUUUUGGUUCUGUAAGUGUCGAAACUAAUUCCUCGCUUGAAUAUUUCAUCACGAGUUUUCGUGAAAGAAACGUUGACGCAUUACAGUUCAUAGAUAUUGAUAGGCGAACUGGUCAAUUACGAGUUAUCAGAAAACCGAACGCUUCUCAAGUUCAGAUUGAAAUAACAGUUGUUUCAGAUGGUUUUACCAAUUCUAAAACGGUAAGCAUUUUUUUCUUCCAUUAUUCUAAGCUCAUGGCCAAGCUUAAUAGCCCUUCAUUUGCCGUUAUUUAUGAUUUACUCUACACUGAUUAUUAA